AUGAAUCAUAUGGAGAAACACAACCUUACUGCUGUACCCAAGGUGACUGAAUUUAUUCUCAUGGGGAUCACCGACAACCCUGGGCUGCAGGCACCUCUCUUUGGAAUCUUCCUGAUCAUAUACUUGGUCACAGUGAUGGGAAAUCUGGGCAUGGUUAUCCUGACCCAUUUGGACUCCAAGCUACAUACUCCCAUGUACUUUUUCCUUAGACAUUUGUCAAUUACUGAUCUUGGUUACUCCACUGUCAUUGGCCCAAAAAUGAUGGUCAACUUUGUCCAGUCCCAAAAUACAAUUUCCUACCAUUGGUGUGCCACCCAACUAGCAGUCUUUGAGGUUUUCAUCAUCACUGAGCUGUUUAUUCUAUCAGCGAUGGCCUAUGAUCGUUAUGUAGCCAUCUGCAAGCCUCUUCUCUACGUGGUCAUCAUGGCAGAGAAAGUGUGUUGGGGGCUGGUACUCACUUCCUACCUCUACAGCACGUUUGUGUCACUGUUACUCACAAUUAAGUUAUUUAAGUUGUCCUUCUGUGGCUCUAACAUCAUCAGUUAUUUUUACUGUGACUGCCUCCCUCUGAUGUCCAUGCUCUGUUCUGACACACACGAAUUAGAAUCAAUCAUUUUGAUCUUUUCUGGGUGUAAUUUGCUUUCUUCCCUCUUGAUUGUUCUUGUAUCCUACACGUUUAUUCUGAUGGCCAUUCUCAGAAUGAACUCAACUGACGGAAGACACAAAGCCUUCUCUACCUGUAGUUCCCACCUAACGGUGGUGGUUGUAUUCUAUGGGACCUUAUUGUUUAUUUACCUGCAACCCAAAUCCAGCCAUGCAUUUGCUACGGAUAAAAUGGCCUCUGUGUUUUACACCCUGGUGAUCCCUAUGCUGAAUCCACUGAUCUACAGCCUGAGAAACAAAGAAGUAAAAGAUGCUCUGAGGAGAACUUUAACGAAUCGAUGUAAAAUUCCCAAUUAA